AUGCCAGACUUCAAGCCGCUCAAGGAGACACCGCUCUUCUCACCGUUCAAGCUCGGUCCUCUCAACCUCGAGCACAGAAUUGUGCAGGCACCGUUGACACGUAUGCGUGCGGUAAAAGAAAGUGACGGGGUGUUUGUGCCAAAGGACCUACACGUUGAGUACUACAGCCAACGUGCGAGCAAAGGCGGCUUGCAAUUGACCGAAGCUACUGAUAUCGCCAAAUAUGCCAGCGGAUAUCCCGGCGUACCCGGUGUUUUCUCGGAUUCGCAAAUUGCGGGCUGGAAGAAAGUCACAGACGCAGUACACGCAAAGGGCGGCUACAUCUUCUGCCAACUAUGGCACACCGGACGUGCCAGUCCGCCAUCGUUCCGUGCUGGAGCGCCGACGGUGAGCUCAAGCGACGUGCCAAUGGAGGGUAGCUGGCUCGAUGGUGUGGCAUGUGCCGACCACCCACCCAAACCGUUGGGUGUCGAAGAGAUCCAAGACCUCGCCAAAACUUGGGGAGAAGCAUCGAAAAAGGCGAUAGAAGCUGGUUUCGAUGGUAUUGAGAUCCAUGGUGCCAACGGAUACCUCAUCGACCAGUUCCUACACGACAACGUAAACAAGAGGACAGAUCAGUAUGGUGGUUCAAUCGAGGGUCGCAGUCGCUUUCCCCUCGAGGUCAUCCAGGCCUGCUCAAAAGCCAUUGGCGCUGAUCGUGUAGGCAUCCGUCUCAGCCCCUACAACUACUUCCAGAAUACCAAGGACAGCAACCCCAACGAGCACUGGGAAUACCUGUGUGAGAAGAUUGCAUCUCUACCGGAGGCAGAGAGGCCGGCAUAUGUCCACAUGGUCGAGCCGCGCUUCGACGAAGUCCUAGACGAACAGGCCAAGAUGGAUGCGCUGGCCGCAUAUACCAACAAAGGUGGCAAGGGCGUUGAGGCCGAGGCGACCGUAAAGGCCAAGGGGAACACACUCGUCAACUUCCGCAAUAUUUUGCAGAAGGGCGGCGUAAAGUUCAUCGCGGCUGGUGGCUUCAACCGGGACAACGCCGCGCCCAAGGUUGAAUCUGGUGAUGCCGACCUCAUCAUCUUCGGUCGCUGGUUUAUUGCCAACCCCGAUCUUCCCAAACGCCUCGCUGAGGGUCUGGAGCUGAACCAGUACGAUCGCGACACUUUCUAUGGCGCUGAUCCGCCACAGAAGGGCUAUACCGAUUACCCUUUCCAUGCGCAGACUGCUUCUGCGUAAAUCGGCUGUCUACUGUAAUGCAUUAGUGGCGCUAAUUCAGUUGUUGCAUUUCAGAGCGCAUUUGGUUAGUCGUAGAACAAUUCAUCUGCCUUAGACAUCCAA